UCCGCGGGGACUCAUGCCACGCGUGUCCCAGCCCGGCGCGCAAUUAGCAGCCGCCUCCGCAGCCAGCCGCCACCGCCUCCCCGCUCUCCCGGGUUGCCGCGGUCAGGAGCUCCCGCCGUCGCCUCGCUCGGGCUGCCGGCAUUGUCCUCCGGGUCCGCCGCCAAGGCUGUUGCUGCUCUGCCGCCGCCACCGCCGCGGACUGCUGCGGGGCCCCGGACCCGUGCCCCACGCACCCGCUGCCGGCCUGGCGCGGGGUCCCCGCGUGGUGACUUGUGCGCCGUGCGCUCGGGGGCCACUCGCUCCCGGGUUUUCCUGCGUGGCUGAGGAAGGGGAGAAGCCCACCCGCCGAGCCCAGCCCUCCCAGGCGCGCAGCCCCGACGGGGCCGCGGCAGGCGUGGUGCGAGCGCCGACAGAGCCAUGAGAGAGUACAAAGUGGUGGUGCUGGGCUCGGGCGGCGUGGGCAAGUCCGCGCUCACGGUGCAGUUCGUGACCGGCUCCUUCAUCGAGAAGUACGAUCCGACCAUCGAGGACUUCUACCGCAAGGAGAUCGAGGUGGACUCGUCGCCGUCGGUGCUGGAGAUCCUGGACACGGCGGGCACCGAGCAGUUCGCGUCCAUGCGGGACCUGUACAUCAAGAACGGCCAAGGCUUCAUCCUCGUCUACAGCCUGGUCAACCAGCAGAGCUUUCAGGACAUCAAGCCCAUGCGGGAUCAGAUCAUCCGCGUGAAGCGGUACGAGCGCGUCCCCAUGAUCCUGGUGGGCAACAAGGUGGACCUGGAGGGCGAGCGCGAGGUGUCGUACGGCGAGGGCAAGGCCCUAGCCGAGGAGUGGAGCUGCCCCUUCAUGGAGACCUCGGCCAAAAACAAAGCCUCGGUGGAUGAGCUGUUCGCCGAGAUCGUGCGGCAGAUGAACUACGCGGCGCAGCCCAACGGCGACGAGGGCUGCUGCUCCGCCUGCGUGAUCCUCUGAGGUGCCGGCCGCCGCCGCUCGCCAUGCUCUGCGCACAAAAGCCAAACGCACCCGACUCUCUUCAUGUGAUUUCUUUUCUUGCUUCGAGAUUGGAGACGACUUUGCAUUGGCCGGGAUGCCCCGGGAACCCCGUUGGCUUCCGUGGCCAGGAUCCCCUGCCUUCACCCUGUGUCCGAGGGGGUGUCCCGUCCUGACCAUCCGAAACCCUGGUGGAAAUGUGGGUCUUUGCAGCAUGUACGUUUCUCAUUGAUUUCGGUCGACGCAUAUUUCCCCGUGCAAGUAGCCGUGAAGGCGCUGUAUUGGCAGCUUGACACCCGGCUAUCAAAAGUUUCAAGCCUGGAAAAAAUGAUGGGGAAGGGGAGAAGUGGAGAGGAAGAAGGUUGGGUGUUCUCUCUCUCUUUCUUUCUCUUUUUCUCUCUCUCUCAGUCUCGCUCUCACUCACUCAUUUUCUAGUUCGAAGUUUUAAAUACAUGGAAGAAAGGUCGGGAAAACCAUAUGAAGGAGCAGGAGGAGGGGAAGAAACUUUUGUUUUUUCCCUUGUUUUCCAGGAGUAGCUGGAAAUUAAGAUCGGGUUCCUUUUCUGCCAGCUUGGAAGGGUAACCCCGUGCGUGACUGAUUGCGAUUCGAGGAUGUCUAUGCAAAGUUGGAUUCUUGUUACAGUAUAUCCAAUCUGAAGUAUUGCACAUCUGAACUGGGACUGUUAACACUGAUGCCAAUACAGUGUGGGUUGCCAGAAAGUGUCUGCUGAUAUUUGUGGAAAAAAAA